AUGAAAUUUUCACUUUCACAAUUGGCCAAACCAUACUUGAUCCGUCCAUUCCUCCAGUUUUCGUUUACACGCUCAAUUGCCAUGUCUCAAAAUCAGUAUAAGCUUGUCUGUUUGGGUAACCCCUUGCUCGAUCUUCAGACCAACGUCCCCCAGGAGUACUUGAAGAAAUACGACCUCAAGGACAACGACGCCAUCUUGGCUGACGCCAAGCACUUGCCCAUCUACGACGAGAUCCUCAACAACAAGGACUUGAUUUUAGUUGCCGGUGGAGCGGCGCAGAAUACCGCGAGAGGUGCCCAAUAUAUCCUCCCACCACACAGCGUGGUCUACUUUGGCUCCGUCGGUAAAGACGUUUACGCUGAACGGUUAAACGAGGCCAAUGCCAAGUACGGGUUGGCUACUAGAUACCAACUCCAGGACGAUUACGCUACCGGCAAAUGCGCUGCUCUCAUCUACGACCACCAUAGGUCGCUUGUCACGGACCUUGCAGCUGCAAACCAUUUCAAGCCAGAACACUUGCAAAAGCCUGAAAACUGGGCCAUUGUCGAAGCAGCUACUCAUUAUUACGUGGGUGGAUUCCACUUGACUGUUUCCCCCGACGCGAUCAAGCUCCUCGGCGAAGAAGCCGCCAAAAACAACAAACCCUUGGCGCUCAACUUCUCGGCUCCGUUCAUUGCCCAGUUCUUCAAGGACCAAUUGGACUCGGUCUUGCCUUAUGUCGACUAUGUCAUUGCCAACGAGUCGGAAGCCGAGGCCUAUGCCGAGUCGCAUGACCUCAAGACUAAGGACGUGGCCGAGAUUGCCAAACACGUAGCGCAAUUGCCAAAGAAGAACACCAAGAGACCUCGUACGGUUAUCUUUACUCAGGGAACUGACCCCACCAUCACCGUUACCCAGGGCAAAGAUGGGGAAUUGCAAGUUGAGACGUACCCGGUGAAGCCAUUGGCGAAGGAAGACGUGGUGGACACCAAUGGUGCUGGUGAUGCCUUUGCUGCUGGUUUCAUUGCCUCCUUGGUCCAAGGUAAGGAUCUUGCCGAUGCUGUUGACGUGGGUCAAUGGGCUGCUGCGUUGUCUAUCCAGGAAGUCGGGCCAUCCUUCCCGUUCCCAAAGAAGGAGUACACCAAGUGA